AUGGUGUUCCGCCGCUCGACCGACUCGCUCUCUCGCGCCGAGAAAGCCGCGCUCAAGCGCGAUACGGCGGCCGCCGACAAGGUCAAGCUCACCGAGGACGGCGCGUCUGCCGACGAGGUCGACGGCGUCUUUGGCGAGCAGGGAGAAGGCACGGUAAACUACCGCAGCGUCGGCUGGAAGACGACCGUCGUCUUCCUCAUCAAGAGCCAAAUCGGCAUCGGCGUGCUCGGCCUUCCGAGCGCCUUUGCGACCCUCGGCCUCGUGCCAGGCAUCCUCGUCUUCUUCUUCUUCGCUGUCGCCACGAUGUACACGGACCUAGAGAUUGGCUGGUUCAAAUUGAACCACCCGCAAGUCUACUCUAUCUCGGACUGUGGCACGCUCAUGUUUGGCCCUUGGUGCGGCGAGCUGUUCGGCGUCGCGUACUGGCUCUUCUGCACCUUCACCUGCGGCUCGGCCCUCCUCACCAUCUCGACGGCGUUCAACGCCCUGUCGCUCCACGCCAUCUGCACGGCCGCCUGGGUCGCCAUCGCCGCCGUCAUCGCCUUCCCUUUCGCCUCGCUCCGCACGUUCGGCAACCUCAAGUGGCUCGGCUACGUCGCCGUCGUGUCCAUCCUCGUGUCCAUCUUCACGGUCGUCAUCGCUGUCGGCCUUGCCGAUCGCCCUGCACUCGCACCACCUGCGCCCGAGCCGUUCGACCUCGGCGUGCGCGCGUUCGGCAACCCUUCUUUCGCCGACGGCAUGAGCGCCGUCUCGUCCGUCUUCUUCGCCUUCACGGGCACGUCGAGCUUCCUUCCCAUCGCGUCCGAGAUGCGCAACCCUCGCGACUACCCCAAGGCGGUCCUCACGGGCCAGUCGUUCGUCACCCUCAUCUACUUCAUCGUCGCCGUCACCGUCUACUGUACUGCGGGCAUCUACGUCGCGAGUCCGGCGCUCGGCACGGCCGGCACCCUCAUCAAGCGCAUCGCGUUCGGCAUCUCGCUCCCCGGCAUCAUCUUUACCGCCAUCAUGUACACUCAUCUCCCCGCCAAGCUCAUCUUCGUCCGGGUCCUGCGCGGCUCGCACCACCUCAACCACUCGACGCCGCAGCACUGGAUGGUCUGGCUGUCGUGCACGUUCGGGUGCAUCACGUUCUCGUACAUCAUCGCAAGCGCGAUUCCGGUCUUUGGCGGUCUCGUCGGCCUCAUCGGCGCGCUCCCUGCGCCCAUCAUCACCCUUCACGCCGAGGCGCUCAUGUGGCUGUACGACAACAAGCAGUUCUUCUCGGCGCCCGAGUUCCGCACGCGCAGGAGGUGGUGCGGCGUCGUCCUCAACAUCGGCCUCCUCGUCGUCGCCACGUUCCUCACCGUCGCGGGCACGUACGGCUCCAUCGUCUCCAUCAUCAACUCGGAACAGAGCUCGCCCUGGACGUGCGCCGACAACAGCGGGUCGUCCUGA